GGCAAUUUCGGAGUAUACCAUUCCAUGGGUGUUGUUUGACAAACAAAAUAAGAAAGAAGCGUCGAUCAACAUUCAAAAAGAGAAAUUUUCUCAAAGAAAAAGAAAAAAAGAAAAAGACAGAGGAGUCAAUCGUUAAAUUCGAUCAAUUUCUUAUCAAUCGCUAGUCAGAAAUUUAAUUUACAGAAAUAACGAAAUGGUUUGCAUAGCUUGCUUGUUGCCACUGUUCUUGGUCCCAAUCGUCAACAUAUUGCCUCUGCUCUUCGAUUAUAUCAUGGGAAAAGUUUAUGCCCUGUUUGGAUGGGAAUACAGGAAACCAGAGAGGGCUCCUCCAGCUUGUCCAUAUAAACCCUCCGCCUCAAGGGAGGAGUCGGCCAAACAGGCAGGGGCAGAAGGUGAAACUGGUGCAAGGGUUCCUGUGUCAGGAUCUGUUGAAGAAAGAGAUGGUAAGCAGGACUGAUAUUAGAGUUAUGGUGCACAAAAGUGAAAUCUGAAAACUUUCUGAAGCUUCUCAAGAUACAGUUUCAAGUUAUUGUCCAAGGUCAAGUAUAAAAGAAUUGUCAUGGCAUAAGAUGGUUUAUUUGUGGAUUCUCUCUUCCUCUCUGGAGUAAAAUGUUGUUCUUGUAAAUGAAUGUGAGUCGAUGAAUUCAACCAGUUAAAUGUUCUAGGUUCAUACUAGAAUGAUUCUACAUGAUUCUGGCUUUAUGGUUGAAUUAAAACCAUAAAGAGUAACAUAUAACAAAGAGUCUGUUGGUAGAAAAAUGUUUUCAAACAACAAUUACAGACCAAUUUGAUGAAUCUUAUUUUUCAUAGUAA